AUGCAAGUGUUUCUUUUUGUUCACUCAAUGGAAGGUGUAGCUCCUUACCACACUUCCCAGCCACAUAAUUCGAUGGCCUUCAAGCCGCUUCUCGCCCUCGUGCUUCUCGCACUUGCGGCGUGCGCCUGCACUGCUGCCGAACCUAUUGGCCGGAGAAUCGCGCGCGUGGUGACGAAGAUGAAUGGCGUACGGGUCGUGCCCCGCAGAACGGGCGACACCAAGUCGAGGGGCGAUUUCGCUCUCGCGUUUUUUAGGCACGAAGACACGUUCAACGUGCGUUACCGCGUGGUCGUCUCGCAGCGCGGCAAGGCCGCGUUCCCCACCCUGGUCACCGUGAACGCCGGCAGAUACGGCAUCAACGGCGCGGUUCACAUCGAGUUCUCGACCGCAUGGCACAACAUAACGGUAAACCCGCAGCCCCUGCGCGGCACGAAGGUCUACGCCUACUUACUCGAAGGGGAGUGGAGGAACGCGUCUGGCAUCACCGUGGCGUCGGGCAACACUCUGGAGAAGGAGAUUAGGGUUAUUUUCAAGAGGCCGAGCGCUUACUACGCGCUCGUCACGUCCCCGUCGCACCCCAACGGCGCCAUUCGCGGACAGCUCUAUUUUGGCUGA